ACACAACCGCUAACCCACAGAUCUUUUUUGCACUUAUUCGGGGAUGUUGGUUUGCAUUUUGAUUUUGAAGAGAGAUUUAUUAUCUCCUAAGACAUAUUUCAAAAACGAAUAAUGUCUAAUUGAAAAAGCGUACCCCGCUCUAAACGACCGAAAUCGCCAUGGACUCGGGUCUUCCGUCGCAAGCGUUCGUACCUCCGCCGGGCAUAGGAACGUCGCCCAUAAUGCCCCAGGUACCUUUGCCUAGCAUGGCCGCAUACUCCCCGAUAAUACCUCCGUUUAGCGUACCCCCGCCCGGUUUUGGGGCUGUUCCUCCACCAAUUGGAGCCGCUCAAGGCGAAUGGAGCGAGCACAAGGCUCCAGACGGACGUAUCUACUACUACAACUCCGUCACGAAGCAGAGCUCAUGGCAGAAACCAGACGUUUUAAAAACCCCUUCAGAACUUCUACUUUCGCAGUGCCCGUGGAAGGAGUACACGGCCGAUAAUGGUAAAAUCUACUAUCACAACAUAAAUACUAAGGAGUCCAGAUGGGUUAUCCCACCGGAACUUGAAGAGAUUAAGAAAAAAAUUGCGACGGAAGAAGUAACGCUGCCUGUCAUAGCGACUCAAGUAGGCGUGGUGCCCGCCAUGCCGCCUUUGGGCGCUCCGGGCACAGUGGCCUUGACUCCGGCAGUGCAAGCGCUCAGUAAUCCAGUAACCCCUCAGGACGUGAGUAGUCCCAUAAUGGGGACUCCAACGAAUGCGAUUUCCGGGCCGAAUUCUCCAACGGUGGCAAGCAGUAGCAGUCCCGGCGGAAAGAGCGCUUUGGAGGCUUCGAUGGCGGCGACUCUGGCCGCCAUAUCGUUACCAACUCCACCCCCUAGGCAGGACGAAGAUUCGAACAUGUCAAAUCACAGCGAAAAAAAGGAGUCGAGAACGUCGACGCCAGAGCCAAAGGUGUUUAGGGACAAAAAGGAGGCGAUGGAAGCGUUCAAAGAACUGCUCAAAGACAAGAACGUGCCUUCGAACGCCACCUGGGAGCAGUGCGUUAAAAUCAUUGCCAAUGAUCCCCGGUAUGAGUCCUUCAAGAAGCUAAAUGAAAGAAAGCAGGUGUUCAACGCCUACAAGACGCAGAAGCAAAAGGACGAGAAGGAGGAGCAAAGGCUCAAGGCCAAAAAAUACAAGGAGGAGCUCGAGGCCUUCCUGCUCAGUUCUGAUAAAAUGUCGUCCACUUUGAAAUACUACAAGUGCGAUGAGGUGUUCGGCCAUUUGGAGGUAUGGCAGAGGGUCUCGGACUCGGAUCGGAGGGACAUUUACGAAGACGCCGUGUUCGCGCUAGCGAAACGCGAAAAGGAGGACGGCAAGACGUUGAAAAAGCGCAACAUGAAAAAGCUCGCCGAGGUGCUCGAAUGCAUGACGAAAAUUAACUAUGACACGACAUGGAGCGAAGCUCAGGUCAUGCUGCUUGACAACACCGCGUUCAAGAAUGACGUGAACCUACUCGCGAUGGACAAAGAGGAUGCUCUGAUAGUGUUCGAAGAACACAUCCGCUUGCUCGAGAAGGAGUACGUUGAGGACAAGGAGAGGGAGAAGAGACGUCAGAAGCGGCAAUUCCGGAAGAACCGUGAUCAGUUCCUCGCGCUACUUGACCACCUCCACGAGGAGGGCAAACUGACGUCGAUGUCGUUGUGGGUGGAGCUAUAUCCGAUCAUAUCCGCGGACAUUCGCUUCUCCGCCAUGUUGGGGCAGAGCGGUUCGACCCCGCUGGACCUCUUCAAGUUCUACGUCGAGGAUCUGAAGUCGCGGUUCCACGACGAGAAGAAAAUCAUCAAAGAGAUCCUCAAGGAGAAGGAGUUCGACGUCAAGGUGGGGACGACGUUCGAUCAGUUCGCGACGGUGAUCUGCGAGGACAAGCGGAGCGCGACCUUGGACGCAGGCAACGUCAAACUGACAUACAACUCGUUGCUGGAGAAGGCGGAAGUGAAGGAGAAGGAGCGACUGAAGGAGGAGUCGAAACGCGUCAAGAAACUGGAGAACGGCCUCAAGAAUUUACUCAAGGAGAUGAAUAUCGACUUUGAGCUGUCGUGGGAGGAGGCGAAGGUCAAGCUGGAGAAAGAGGAGGAGUUUCUGGCGUUCGAUUCGGACACGGAACGCGAGAGGGUAUACAAGGAAUUCCAACACGAGAUGGAGGAGGCGUGCAGCCACAGGCACUUCCGAUCGAAGAAAUCGAAAAAGAAGAAAAACAAAAAGUACAAAUCGACGAGCUCGAGCGAGUCUGAACCGGAGAAGCCGAAAAAGUCGAGGCAUAAGGCGCGCAGCGAGUCGCCAUAUUCCGGCGAGAGCUCGGAAGAGUACGCGAAAAAGAAGAGGUCGAAGAAGAAGCACAAACGAAAAAGUCCAUCUAAUACGCCGCCCGAAAAAUAUAAGGAUAAACAUUCGGACAACGAGGCCGCUAGCGAGACAGAACUCGAAAAACAACGGGCUCUGCUGUUGGCUAAGCUGAAAGACGAGAGCGAGUGAGGUUAUGACGAGCGCCACCUAACCUAUAUAUAUUAUUUGAAAAAAAAAAUACUUCGCUAGCGAAUCUUGUUCAACCCGAUGUAUAAGAUAGUAAAC